CGUAGACUUGAUGCUUGGGUCGAUUACGUGUUCACGCGAAAGUUGAAGGUAAGGCCUGUUCUGGCCCCUCUUCGGCUCUUCCGAUGUGUUGGGGUUUAUCGGGGUUUCUCUCUCUUCCUGUCUCGCUCGGAGGUAAAAACCUAGAACUGGCUUCUCUUGAGUUUCCGAUGAUUCUGCAUUUUCGACCUUGUCUAUGACUUGGGGCUUCCCCUAAGAUGGAAGUUCUCGGCUCUCCCUUCCUCGAGAGACCAAACUUCUGCAAGUUCUUCAAGACUGGACUCAACAUUCCCAAGCAGAACCGUCCAGCCUUUACAACCUUCAUCCUGAAUUCGCUGGAAACUAAGAAUCAACGGAUACCCAUUUUGCGUAGCUCUUCAAGACGUCGUAAUUCGUUGAGGAGGAAGCUCAUCGGGGAGGGCAGGUUAUAUAGGUCAGAUGUUCUUACUCAGGAGAUUGCUUUACAUACUGGUAAUAAAGGUAUUGCGGGUGAGAAUCUAGUCGAUGGUGAUAAUGACGGUAGAAUUGCAAACCAUAAUGCAGAAAUAGGUGAAAAUGAUAAUUUGGAAGAUGAUAGUCAAUCGAGCAUGUCUGAACUCGUGAGUAAAUUGGAGAAUUGGGCAUCUCAAUAUAAGGAAGACAUUGAGUAUUGGGGCAUUGGUUCCAGCCCAAUUUUUACGGUUUAUCAUGAUUCGGAUGGAAACAUACAAGAAGUUAGAGUGAAUGAGGAUGAAAUUCUUGAGAGGCACAAGUUUCAAUCUCCAUCAACGUCUGGAAAUGAAGGUUCUUUCGGUGUCUAUCAGAAAAUAUUGCGAGCAAGGUCUAUUGCCAAAGAUAUCAAGGCAGGGAACCACAGAAUCUCAAAACACAGUUCAAUUGUGCAGUUUAUGCUUAAGGAAUCUGCGGAAAUUUCUUCAGUUGCGCAUCCUGUUGCAGAUUUAGUUCUUGACAGGCACUCCUUUUCGAAGAUAUCGCGGUUCGCAUUUGCAUUUUUGUGUGGUUAUCUGGUGUUUGACAUAGCCAGAAAGUUCCUUUGGCGUCGGGAUCAGAAAACAGAGGAAUUGAAGGGUCUCGACAAGGAAAUGUUAGCGAGAAAGAUAAAAGCAAGAAGGGAAAGAGAGAAGAUGGAGAAAGGAAGUGUCGAAGUUGUCGAGAGCGAGGACUUUGGAGAACCUGUUGGGUUCACUGUGAGGCCACAAUUAGAUAAAGAAGAAGUUCUGAAGACAAUUUUGAGCACAAAGACUUCUCAAAAAAACUUGUUGGUCUCUGAUGUUGCUGAAGUUUCAACGAAAAAGGGCCAUUUUAAUGAUAGAAUUAUGGAGAUACAGCGCAUGGCAAGGGACGUGCGCGUGGUUGAAAAACAAGAUGCUUCCUCCUUCAUGGAUGGAAGAGAGAAAGAUCAUGUACCUAAUCAUUCUGGAAAUUUGGAAAGCCAGAGACUUCAAACUACCUCCGUAGUUGAUGAUGAGCUAGAUGGAAAUGGUUACAUUGAAGUAGUAUCUGAUUCGGAUGAAACUAUGGCGAAGGAAGUACCCUGGGGGAAUGGAAAACAUGUAAUUGGUGAAAUUGGCCAGGGCAUUGAUAAGAACCCUUCUGGUAGCUCAGAGUACGGAAUCUUGGAAAUUUCGAUUGAUGGAGAUUCGGGUAAAAAUGAUUUAUGGACGUCUACAUCUUGCGAAGUCAUUGAUCAAGAUCAAGACGUUUUGGAACAUAAUGAAGCGAUGAAGGAUAUGAAGCACGGAGUUGACGAAAUAGAAGCUCAUAAGACUGCACCUGGCAAUUUGCUCAUUUCAGAUAAGAAGUUUGAUGGAGGGAGACCUAGAAUUAUUAUGUCAGUUGAAGAAGCAAAUAAAUACCUUCUAAGAAGACGUGGUGAUCCGAAUGACAGGAUUGGGGACAUGAGCUAUGGUGAUAGUAAUCAAUCUGAAACUCUGGUGGUACGACCUGACUCUGGAGGUGAAAGGUUGAAUGCCCAUGUACGUAUGCCUUCAUGGGACUCGUCUGGUGCGUGCAUAGACGAGGCAAGUAAAAUCAUUGAAUCAUCUGAUACAACCUUCUCAGGUUCAUCUGAUCGUGUCAUUGAAAAAGAAGAGUCAGAUAGUCUAGCAUCACAAGCUAAUGAAGUUCAUGAAAAAUCUAUUGAAUAUCUGAAACCAACUGUAAAGGGUGCAGAAGAUAUUGAAGAUACAGAUCAGAGUCUCCAGCCACCGUCUUCAUUUUCUUUAUCUUCCAUUGAUGCUGAUGAAAGUAAAACUAAGAAGUUGCAAAGCCACAAUGAAAAUUGGAUUGAAGCAAAUUUUGAGAAGUUUGAGCCAAUUAUCACAAAAAUGGGGGUCGGUUUCAAAAAUAAUUAUAUGUUAGCAAAAGAAAGAGGGGAAGAUGAGCUGACUUUAGCACCUGACGUGAGCAAUCCCAGUUCUGUGGAGGAAGAAGAUGAGCUUGAAUGGAUGAAAGAUGACGCGCUGAGAGAAAUUGUCUUCAAGGUGAGAGAGAAUGAGAUGGCUGGUAGAGAUCCUUUUUACUUGAUGGAUGUGGAAGACCAGGAUAAAUUCUUCAAAGGGCUUGAGAAAAAGGUUGACAAAGCAAAUUCAAAGCUGUUGGCUUUGCAUGAAUGGAUCCACUCAAGGGUCGAAAACUUGGACUACGGAGCAGAUGGUAUAAGCAUCUAUGAUCCACCAGAGAAGGUCAUGCCUAGAUGGAAGGGCCCUGUGGUUGAUAAGGAUCCUGAAUUUCUUAAGGAAUUCAAUAGAAUACGAAGAGAAAUACUGGGAGAUAAGAUGGGGACGCUGUCAAAAGAAAAGUUGGAUAACUGGUUGAACGAUUUGGAGAAGAUGGAUUCAUCAGCAUCUUCUAACACCGUUCCAUCUUCACCUGUUGUCAGCACUAGUUCAUCUGAUGGUUUGAAUAAAGUAAACCACAAGACAGUAAUCGAGAGCAGUGAUGGUUCCAUGAGACCUGGAACAAAGUCAGGCAAGGAAUAUUGGCAGCACACGAAGAAGUGGUCCGAAAAAUUUCUCCAAGUCUAUAAUGCAGAGACCGACCCUGAGGUGAAAGCCAUUAUGAGGGACAUGGGAAAGGAUCUGGACAAGUGGAUUACUCCUAAAGAAAUUCAAGAAGCUGCUGACUUAAGAGACAGACACAUUCCAAAGAAGAAAAAGAGAUAUAUUGAGAAGAAGUUGGCACAGUUAAAAAGAGAGUGUGAAAGGUUUGGUCCUCAAGCAGUGGCUGAUAAGUAUAGGGAGUAUGCAGAUGAGAAACAGGAAGAUUGUUUAUGGUGGUUAGAUCUUCCAUUUGUACUGUGCAUUGAACUAUAUAUGAGUGGUGAGGGAUAUGACCGGAUAGGGUUCUAUUCAUUGGAGAUGGGUGCGGAUUUUGAGUUGGAUCCAAAGCAAUAUCAUGUGGUUGCAUUUGAGGACCGUAUGGAUGCAAGACACUUCUGCUACAUCGUUCAGACCCACAUGGAGAUCAUUGGAAACGGUCAUGCAUUUGUCAUUGCCAGACCACCUAAGGAUGCAUUUCGAGAAGCCAGAGCAAAUGGCUUCAGUGUAACGGUAAUAAAGAAAGGAGAGCUCCAGCUUAAUAUCGAUAGGACACUGGAAGAAGUGGAAAGUGAAAUCGUUGAAAUUGGAAGCAAGAUGUACUAUGAUAAGUAUAUACGUGAAAAUGAGGUCAGCAUGGAAGGCAUUUGGAAAGGAUUAUUCAAAGGUGGAAAGACUAAGAAAAGGCCGAUGCGGACCUUGACGAAGUCCAUCAAGGGGAGUGGGUAAAGAAUGCAAAGAGCCUUCAAUCACACAGCAAUAUGCCUUCCACAUAAGUAUCAAACGAGAGUUGUGAUAUUGCCCUUUUGCAGACUGCUAGUAGAUAACAUUCGGCCAUGGUAAAUGCUGUCUUGCUUACAUUUCAAUGUUGCUCAAAUGGAUGGUCCAGACAAAAUUGAAGCCAAGCUGAGGUGUUUCGCAUAUGUUAUUGGUUAGGUCCGAAUCCGAUGAAAUGCGGAAGUUGGCAUUGUAAAUUGGAAGCAAAUUGUUCGAUGAACUUAGCUAUUGCCAUUACCAGGGUUCAACCUUGAUGAAAUUUUGUGUUAUCAACGAGUAUAUUCUAUGUUUUGGGUUUUUUCUUGUAAAUGGCUAUAUUCCACGUUCAUUGUUUA